AUGGACAUCCCAAACGCAGUCAACAUAGCAAUCCUGGGCGGCUGCCCCAGCACAACCAACUUCCUCCACACAUUUAACCACGAGAGAAUGUCCCGGCUCGCCGAUAACACAGUAACCCCCUCUACGCAAAGCUACCACCUCAGAGCAAGCACUCUGGGCGCCGACUCCGACUCGGAAGUAAUGGUGGUAACGAGGGAAUUCGACUCCGAGCGUCUGAAGAACCCGUACCUCCUGCACUGUUUUGGUACCGGCACGGAGCCGCCUGAUGGGUUUAUCGUCGUUUAUGAUCCGUCCUGGCCGUUCUCGCUGGACGAGGCUGAGGGACUUUUAUCGGCUGUUGUGGCUGCGUCUUGGGGGCCGAGACUCGUAGAGUUGGAAUCCAUACGACGGAGGGUUGAGCGGGAUAUAAAAUCUCCAUCUUCAUCUUCAACUUCAACUUCAUUUCCAGGGUUAUCAGGGAGAGAGCGGUGGAAGAAGAGGUAUAGCAAGUUUAAACCAUUCCCGCGCCUCCCAUAUGACCUGCAACUAGCAAUUCUACGGGCCUGUCUAGUGUCGCCAGAACCGAUCAUCGACCGGAAACCGCAUUUAAACGGGAUUUGCACGAAUUUACUCCUGGUGAAUAAGUUCUGCUACGAGGAGGGCGGGAAGAUAUUCAAAACAGAGAACAGGUUUCUUCCUCUGCCGCCAAUUUGCAUAGUUGCGGAUUCGUCUGCUAGGGAUAUUUGGGAUUCCGGGGAGGAUUUAAUGCAGAAGGGAAGACAAUUAGCAGAGAGGUUUGGGGUUGGGUUUUUUGACAUUUCCUGCCAGAGCCGGUCUGAUGUGGAUGGAGUUGUUAUGGGCGUUGUCAGGGAGUUUGUAGCGAGAGAGGAGAGAGUUCUCAGACACCGACUGCAGCAGAACAGACGGUCGAUGUGGUCUAUUCGGUCUGUUGGAGGUAUUUGGAAUAGAAGACACCAUGAAUGA